AUGAAGAGCUUACUCUUGGUCCUUGUGGUCCUUGUCUUGCUCUCCUGUGUUCCAUCAGUUAGAAGUGGACCUAAUACAUAUAUAAGAACAGCAUUUUCUACAUGCUGGGGAGGAAGAGGUGUUUGCAGGAAAUUAUGUGGAGGAAAUGAAGACUAUCACAUUUUUUGUGAUGUUAGACGUCUGUGCUGCGUUAACAAAAAGCUUUUAGAUGUACGGGUUAGAAGAUAAUUGUGAGUAUCUGAGGCUCCUGCUGACUUCCUCUGGGACCCAGAUCCUUUUCAAUUGUGCUAUCCUAAUAAAAUGAUGGUUUUAGUCCUUCUGUGUUUCUAUGUCUGCUUUGUUUCUCUACCUUUAGAGGCAUUCAGUGUCUCUCCUAUGAAGAUAAUCUCUUGGUUAAAUUCCUUGUCUUCAGGAUUGUUCUUUUCGUUAAUUUAUUCCUUAUUAAACAUUUCCUAAAAACUUUUUUUGAAGUAUAUGAUGCAAUCAGAAAAGUUGCGAAUCAUAAAUGAAUAUCUUAAUGAAGUUCAUAAAUUGAACACAUCCACGUAACCUGCACUCAGAUGGAAAAAGAAUAUUACAACAUCUCAGUCACUACUAGUCCCUGUUCCACAAAGGAUAAUAAUCUCUAGCCCAGCUUCUAAUAGCAUAAGCUUUGGCACCUAUUUUUGAACUUUAUUUUUUGCUUUUUUUAAAAAAAAGUUUAUUUAUUUAUUUUGAGAGAGACAGAGAGUGGGGGAGGGGCAGAGAGAGAGAGGGAGAGAGAGAAUCCCAAGCCAGCUCCACGCUGUCAGCACAGAGCCCCAGGGCUUGAUCUCAUGAACCAUGAGAUCAUGACCUGAGCUGAAAUCAAAAGUCGGAUGCUUAACAGACUGAGCCAGCCAGGUGGCCCAAUUUUUAAACUUUAUAUAAAUGGAAUCCUUUAUAUAAAUGGUACUCUUUUGUGUUUGGCUUCUAAUCUACAUUAUUUUAUGACAUUAAUUGAUAUUGCUUGAUGUAAUUAUAGUUUAUGCAUUCUCAGUGUUGUAUAGUAUUGCAUUGGGGAAGAUUUGAAUAUUCUAGCAGAGAUGGCCAUUUAUGUGGUUUGUGGGUUUUACCUCUUAUAAAUAGCGCUGUGAUGCACAUUCUUGUACGUGUUUUUUGAGUCUUCUAUGCAAGCAUUUCUGUGGGUAUAUACUUGGGAGUGAAACUGCUAGUCAUGAGCCAUGCAUAUAUUCAAUUUUAGUAGAU